UUUCAACUUAUUUCAAUACAUUAUAUCAGUCUUAAAAAUAUAUUAAAAUGAAGUUUUUAAUUUUUCUUUCGCUUGCGGUGUGUGUAGCUUUUAUUUCUGCAGUUACAGCUGAAGACACAAAUGUCUCAGAAUCAAAUACCUCAGGCCAGAACUCAGAGGCUGAAGACACAAGUGUCUCAGAAUCAGAUAAUUCAGGAGAGAGUUCAGAGGCAGCUUCUACAGAAUCAAGUUCUUCUGAUUCUCCAUCGGUAACUGCUUCUCCAACCACAGCUUCUACAGAAUCAAGUUCUUCUAAUUCUCCAUCGGUAACUGCUUCUCCAACGACAGCUUCUACAGAAUCAAGUUCUUCUAAUUUUCCAUCGGUAACUGCUUCUCCAACGACAGCUUCUACAGAAUCAAGUUCUUCUAAUUCUCCAUCGGUAACUGCUUCUCCAACGACAGCUUCUACAGAAUCAAGUUCUUCUAAUUCUCCAUCGGUAACUGCUUCUCCAACGACAGCUUCUACAGAAUCAAGUUCUUCUAAUUCUCCAUCGGUAACUGCUUCUCCAACGACAGCUUCUACAGAAUCAAGUUCUUCUAAUUCUCCAUCGGUAACUGCUUCUCCAACGACAGCUUCUACAGAAUCAAGUUCUUCUAAUUCUCCAUCGGUAACUGCUUCUCCAACGACAGCUUCUACAGAAUCAAGUUCUUCUAAUUCUCCAUCGGUAACUGCUUCUCCAACGACAGCUUCUACAGAAUCAAGUUCUUCUAAUUCUCCAUCGGUAACUGCUUCUCCAACGACAGCUUCUACAGAAUCAAGUUCUUCUAAUUCUCCAUCGGUAACUGCUUCUCCAACGACAGCUUCUACAGAAUCAAGUUCUUCUAAUUCUCCAUCGGUAACUGCUUCUCCAACGACAGCUUCUACAGAAUCAAGUUCUUCUAAUUCUCCAUCGGUAACUGCUUCUCCAACGACAGCUUCUACAGAAUCAAGUUCUUCUAAUUCUCCAUCGGUAACUGCUUCUCCAACGACAGCUUCUACAGAAUCAAGUUCUUCUAAUUCUCCAUCGGUAACUGCUUCUCCAACGACAGCUUCUACAGAAUCAAGUUCUUCUAAUUCUCCAUCGGUAACUGCUUCUCCAACGACAGCUUCUACAGAAUCAAGUUCUUCUAAUUCUCCAUCGGUAACUGCUUCUCCAACGACAGCUUCUACAGAAUCAAGUUCUUCUAAUUCUCCAUCGGUAACUGCUUCUCCAACGACAGCUUCUACAGAAUCAAGUUCUUCUAAUUCUCCAUCGGUAACUGCUUCUCCAACGACAGCUUCUACAGAAUCAAGUUCUUCUAAUUCUCCAUCGGUAACUGCUUCUCCAACGACAGCUUCUACAGAAUCAAGUUCUUCUAAUUCUCCAUCGGUAACUGCUUCUCCAACGACAGCUUCUACAGAAUCAAGUUCUUCUAAUUCUCCAUCGGUAACUGCUUCUCCAACGACAGCUUCUACAGAAUCAAGUUCUUCUAAUUCUCCAUCGGUAACUGCUUCUCCAACGACAGCUUCUACAGAAUCAAGUUCUUCUAAUUCUCCAUCGGUAACUGCUUCUCCAACGACAGCUUCUACAGAAUCAAGUUCUUCUAAUUCUCCAUCGGUAACUGCUUCUCCAACGACAGCUUCUACAGAAUCAAGUUCUUCUAAUUCUCCAUCGGUAACUGCUUCUCCAACCACAGCUUCUACAGAAUCAAGUUCUUCUAAUUCUCCAUCGACAGCUUCCACAGGAUCAAGUUCUUCUAAUUCUCCAACGGAUACUACUCCUCCAACGAUCGAUGCUGAUGUUAUAAUAGAUGAUAUUAAGUCGCUCAUCAACGCCACUAAAGAUGAUAUUAAGAAGGCUGGGGGUGAAUUGUCACAAAAUGUUUUGAAAACAGUACAAGAUUUUUAUGAAGCAAUGCAGAAAGCUCUCCAAUAUAUCAUCAAUAUUGCUAAUGGCAAUAUAUUCUUGAAUCAAAUAGUUUCAGUGGUCAAUCAAACUAUAUCAAGUGUUAUUUCCAGUCUAGCAAAACCAAUCUUAAAUGCACUGAACAAUUUACAAACCAGCCUCAGUAAAGAUCUUUCCGACACCAGCAAUAAAUUUGAAAAUAUAGUAAAAUGUUUAGAGAAAAAUAAUCAAACAGCUAAGCUUUUUGCCAAUUUGAAUACUUUACAAAGCACAUUUAAGAAUCUACUUAAGUGUCCAGUACAAGCAAUGACUAAUGCAAAUCAACCUGUUGGAGAAGUUUUACAAAUUGUUGGCCAAAUAGCACAAGCAUCAAUCACCGAUAUCAAACAUGGGUUAGAAUGUGGAGCGAAUCCCAUUGGAGGAUUUCUUAAUCUUCCUAAUAUUCCUUGUUUCGUCAAAUAUGGUUUACAAUCGUUUGUGAAUGGUGUAGCUCAAACAAGUGGUAUUGUAAACGCUGGCACAAGAAUGGUCAAUAAUAUAUUGACUUUCAUACCAAAAAAUAUUGAAUGUGUUAAUAACGAGAUGAACAAUAUUGUUCAAAGCCUUACCAAGGCUGGUAUUAAUGCCAAUGGUUGUUUAUAAUAAAUUAAAUAAUUUUUGUUUUAUAAAUCUUUUUAUUUUGGGAUUUUUAUUUUUGAAUUCUUGGUGAUGGGCAAAAUUUUUAAAUAAAUAUAUUGCAAUUUAAUUCUAUUG